UCUUGCAUAAACAACCCGGUGAGAGGGCAGACAUCUAGCAGGGGACACCAAAUACAUCCCGAAUAACUGUCGGGUUAAUCCUGUGAAGAUGAGCAGGAUUGCUGGAGUCCUGCGGCGUACGUUUGGAAUAGUGCGCGAGCACGUUGGGACAGAUACCUCGGGGAAUAAUUAUUACGUAAUCCCAAAACAGAAGACAUGGACAGGCAGGCUCGUUCGUGCCAAGCGGAUGGUAGAGGCAGCCAAUCCUACAGAAUAUGAGUACAUCGAGGGCAGCAUACCGAUGGAGUGGGACGCUUGGAUCCGAGGCAGACGGAAGGAGCCCCCCUCCGCCAAGGAGCUGCUGAAGAAUGAGUCUUACAGGGAGAACAUCAAACUGAAGGCCAAGGCGGUGGAGGAGAAAGAUCUGGCCCUCCAGGCUCAGGAGUAUGAGGAAGGUCUGGUGGCGACUUUGGCAAAGACUGUGGCGAAGGGCCACGCAUCCACCGCCGGCUUCGGCAAGCAGGAGAUCAGCGAAGACCCCACCACCACUGCAAACACCUUCCAGCCCGGCUCCUGGCUGCCCAAGAAAUAGACUGAGACAUCCACAUGCACUGAGCCCGCUGUGAUGUUUGAUACAAUCCAAUCGAAAAAAACCCUGCAACAAUAAAUACUUCCUGUGUGAAACUAAAAUUCACUUUCAGGUGAGAAACGAGAACUUCUGAGAUGACCAGUUUGAUCAACUCCUCUCUGUUUCACGGAGGAAGUAUUUAUUUCAAGGCUGUUUUAUUGGCCUGUAUUACAUUAUAUACGCGUUUCCAUUUUUCUAGUCCCGCUCUGUAUAUUGUAUAUAAGACAAGACAAUAAGCAUCGCUCAUCUUGAAGCCGACUGUACGGGACCACAACUGAAAUGGUCGUACUUUCAGUAGUCAAGGAGUUCACCAACUACUAUAGUGUGUAAGGGAUAUUGUACAUUUUCCAAUAAAUUGUAACUAUUUUAAUGAAAUUGCCAUUUACUCCUCACCAGUAAACUGAACCAGAGAAAUUGUGCAGUUGCUUUAAAUAUCCCUCAGUGAGCAACAUUUGACAUUGUAAAGAUUGAAAAGCAUUACUUGUUGAGGGAGCACGUGGAAAAGCAUGUUUAAACCUGUGGGAAUAACGUAGAUAAGAUCACGGUUGAUUCUAAAUUGAACUCAUUGACGUCAGCUGAGACCAGGAGGAUGGUGCCAUGAAACCAUACUAGCAUUAAAUACUGUGGUAAUUCAUUACCACAGGUUAUUGUGGUCAAAGGACUGAAUAAUGUUACGGUAUAUUGAUCCCCAGUAAGAAGUCCUUUCACUUGAGAUCAGAGUGCAUGUUGGUCACAGAGUUGCUGGAGAAAGUUCAGUAGGGCUUAAAAAAAAAGCAGCAUAAACUAGGAUCCUGGAGAUGAAAACAGUCUCCCAACUCAAUAUGAUUGUCUAAAUCAUCUGAACCCAGGGAGAAAUACAAUUUCAAGAGAAAUAUGAAGAAAUGUGUGCAGGUCCAUCCGUCUACUUAGAAUGAUCCGUCUACACUGCUUCUUCACAAGAAUCACAGUACCUAUAAAAGUAUCCACCUCACUGGACUUUGUUUUAAUUUACACUGAGUCACAGUGAGUGUAAUUUGUUUUUAAUAAAACAAAGACGACUACCAAAUUGAACACAUAUCUUUGCAAAUAUAUCUAAAUUUAGAGCAUACAGUAUAGAAAAAAAUACUAAAUAUUCUGAAUAACAAAACCUGCCCAAAACAAUCCUGGUUCUCUCCUUUCAAGUCUAUAUUUAAUAAAGGCACCUUUUACAGCUGUUACAUAACUUAAUAACCAGCAGUGGGUAUUCAACCUAAAUUCACUUAUCACUGGUAAGUUCUUGUAACUUAUGCUGCUUCUAAAGACAACUGGCUGCUCCACAUUUGUAGAGAAUUGUUUUGUUUGUCUUUUUUUGACCACCAGCACAUGAAAGCCCAGUUAAAUGCACUCUGGUACAAUUAAACAUUAGGGGAUGAAUACUUUAAAAGUAAAAGCACUCCAGAGUCCAAUAUUAAAUGCACAAAGAGGAAAUUAGAUUUUCUUAUCAACCAUGAAAACUUUAUUGAUUAAAAAGUUAAGUAUUUGGGAUAUUUUGGGGAAAAGUUCCAGUAUGCUCAUUAAAUCGUCAAUUCAGCAGAACACGGACGCUAACAAUGGAAUGCAAGGUGUUUCAACAGCUACACAAUAUUAUCAGUGGAUUCCUGUACAAUAACAUCAUACAGAGGACCACUGUGCUCUAGCUGACCAAAGUCCCACUGGGAUGAGCCUCCUUCAGGCAGUAUUGUUCGUCUCAGCACUGUUAGGCCCGCGGGGCCAGACUCCUACCCUGGAUAUGAGGCGUAGUGGCCCAGUGCUGACAGCAGGGCUGGGACAACGAAGGGCACCAUGUCAUUAUUGGAAUAAGGAGGACUGUGAGCGUGGUGGUUGCUCCUCCUCUUUUUUUUGGUAUGCCCUCAUUCUACCCACAGGCUUAGUCUUUCUUGGUCCUCUUGGCCUUGGCUAUGUUUUCCUGACGUUUCUGCUUUUUCUUCUGUUCCCGGUCACGUGCCUCAAUCAUUUUGGCCAGUUUCCAGGACAGCAGUGCACUGGCAAUGAAGAGAGGUGUGAGAGCCAGGAUGACAGUGGUGAGGAAACCGUAGGGGUCUUUGGCAGCCCAUUCCACCACAUACUCUGCCCAUGCCCGAACGUCAAUCAUCCUGGUCGGCAACAAUGAGGCUUAAACAAACCUGAGAAAGGGUACCAGGGGAGAAAGCGGUGAAUAAUCAAGGCAGAGUGAUUUGUGGAAAAAACACAUAUAUAACAACAAGCAAAGAUUUAUUGGUUUUGGACUGCUGGGUGCAUAAAAAAAAGCAAGAUGACAAAGCUACAUCUGGUUCUUUAAAACUGUGGUUAGUGCUAGCAUUACACCAGAUAUAUAACCGGUCAGGCUAAGCAGCAAUUUGAAUAGUUGACAAUGGUACUUUCUCACAUUGAUGCAAGAGAAUAAAGCACUAUAUACAGGCAAUAUUUUGGGGCUUCCUGGUGGCGUAAUGGUUAAGGCACAUAAUGUGAAAUAGUAGUAGUGGUUAUUUAGUCAAUAAAGUCAUAAAAUCUCAAAUACUGCUGAAUCAAGGGUAAUUGGACUCAACGUAACUAUAUUCAGAGUUUUUCGUCAAUCGUUAAUGAUACAUCUUCGACGGAUGAAAUAAAAUGAUACAUACAUUAUAAUAGUUUGUUAACGUUACUACAUACGACACUGACAAAACACCCCUGACUUAGUAAAUGUUCUCACAAUAUUGACUACUGAAAUUAAGGAUAUUAAAUAAAGUCUUUAGUCACAAAGAAAUAUAAACUGGCCCUGUAUGUCAACUACCGUUAGCUGUAAUGUUAGCUGUAACGUUAGCUAGCUAAUUCCCAAUUCUCUGGGGUCAACAUAGGAAGCUUACAUUACAUUUUGAAACAUGUUAUCACGCCAUGGACCAUCUUUGUCACAAUGUUACCGACUGGCAUCACUGUCAUGAUACAUUAAGACAUCACUAUGGUUGUAUAAAGCCAGUUAUUGUAGAUUAUUGCUACUUGUUGAGCGCACCGACUUGACAGUCCCUCGCAAAUUGCUAACGAUCACAAGCUACUGGCUAACUAGCAUCAACCCGAGU